CCGGGGUCACUCGUCUUUUAAGCAAGUAGGGUGGGGCUAGGUGCGCGUGCGCCGUUUUAACACUCCACCCCAAACUGCCAACUCUUCAAGCUAGUGAAGUAGGCCCCUCCCUGCCGGGUUUACGCGUGCGCACGAACAGGCUUGACCCCGGAAGACCUCACGCCUGCGUCGUGGGAACUACGGUGACAGUACCCCGGGCGGGGCACGGGCCUGUCAUGGCGGAGCCCUGGUCUGGGCAGUCUUUGCAGGCUCUGCCGGCCACGGUACUGGGUGCGCUGGGCGCCCUGGGCAGCGAGUUCUUGCGGGAAUGGGAGGCGCAAGACAUGCGCGUGACCCUCUUCAAGUUGCUGCUGCUGUGGUUGGUUUUAAGUCUCCUGGGCAUCCAGCUUGCCUGGGGGUUCUACGGGAACACGGUGACCGGGUUGUAUCACCGCCCAGGUCUGGGCGGUCAGAACGGAUCCACACCUGAUGGCUCCACGCAUUUUCCUUCGUGGGAAAUGGCAGCAAAUGAACCUCUCAAAACCCACAGAGAAUAAGGGAAAGCAGCAAAGGGGUCUCCAGAGGCAUCACUGGGUCUGCUGGCUUCUACACUGGGCUCAGCUGCUGAACAGACUCCAGGAACAACUUCAGGGGCCUCAGGGUUGGAGGCAGGGAGUACCCCAGUGCCUGGAGGGCUGGGCCUUCACUACCCUUGGCCUUGCUUCCCCUACAUCCCCAGGCACUGGGCAAGUGAAGAAUUUGCCUCUACCCUUAUCUGGGUGCCUUAAGGAGAGAAGUAGUGUUCCUCCUAUCUUGGGUUAGAGCUCAGGAGAAGCUUCUGAGUUGGGGAGGUCAGUAGUUCCUUUUUUGCUCGGUUUUUUUUAAUUGUCCCUCUUCCCAUCCCCCUGGGAUGUGACCCCAUAAAGAUUUGUCCUUCUGAGAGAAAGCCUUAGGUUGACCAGCUCUGGGAUUUGUAAGGAAGAUCUGUUCUUCCCUAAGCCUUGAGUUUCCUGAUUUUCUCUGGUUUUGCUUUGUUAGCAGAGAGCCAGGGAAUCCUGGCCUGGGCCAGGCCUUAUACUCUAUGGUUCCUUAACUGGUUAUUGAAGUAUAAGACAGGUUGUCCCUGCUGGCACUAUCCAGAUGGAGUCACCAGACAUCCACCUCCCUGGCUCAACCAGAGCUUUCCAGGUGUGAGCCAAGCAAAGGAAAUUGUCAUCUCCUAACUGUCCUACUCAUAUUCCUCUCAAUCCUUCUCGAAAGUAAGUUAGGUACUUGAAAGAGGCAGAGCCUACCAGCUGAACCCCUGGGUGGCCUCCUACCCCCACUGCUAAGUGCCCAUGGAACUUGGGGUCUGUACCUUGCCCCUCAUAGGGAAGUACUAAGCAGUUAGUACAAAGAAGCCUCAUCAUGCCCCACAGCCUUAUUUCGCAUCUGGACCCUAGUACAAACAGGGUCCUCAUCCUAAGAGCCCAUGGGCUCAGCUCCUCCCCACUAGCAUCAUCUCAUCCUCCAGGAAUUCUUAAUAGAAAUGAGCCACAAGCCAGACAGCCCCGCCACUUUCACAGUGGGCCAGGGGAGCUUUCAAAUCUGUGGGUGGCAAAUGCCCAUACAGAAACACUGAUUCCUGAAAGCAUUAUUAAGCCCUGAACCUGCCUCCUUCCCUGAGGGCCCUAUUACUGCCUCCCUCUGCUGGGCCAACCAGCUUAGUGUCCCACUGCUUGCUUCCUGUCUACUGGAUGUCACAUUUCCAUCUGGCUGCCUUUGUCUAAGCUGUAUAUGUGGCAGAGGUACACUGGAAAUGGGAAUGCACUGAGUUAAUGCACAUGUACCCACUCCAAAGAUGUCUUCCGGCUGUCAAGAUGAUGGUCUUCGCACCCCCAGGCCUGCCCACUAACACCACUACAAACAGAAUCAGAGUCUUACAUUUCACCCCAGGCUCAACCAAGGAUGUGGCUUAUUAAACACAGAAGUGCA